CACCCUACUUACGCAAUACGUAUCGACCUAGGCCCAAAAUAAGAAUGCAUGAUUUCCCGUUCAGGCAGUCGUGUAGUCUGCUGCAGAACGCAUCACAUACCGGCUCUAGCUAUGCAGUGCAUUCUCUUUUGCUCCGGCUCAAGUGCGUGAGCACAGCUGAAGGAGGAGGAUCCCGAGCGGAAAUUCGUAGGCAAUGCAAUGAUUGGGUCUUACACAGAAGCACCGCAAUAGUGAGGUAACGUCGUGCGCACACCUUCCCUUUGUAAGGGCAGUAUUACCGAGUUAUGGAGAUAAGCAUCGGCUUUGAAGCCAAAACAGCCAAUAAUUCCUGCAGGUAUAAUCCAUGCUCUGCUUAUGUACUCUAAAUACCACAACUAAACUGAACUGCCGAUCAUAGGAUCCACGAGUGUGAUCCUUCUGCGUUGUAGUGCUUCUGCUCCGUAGCUCUCCUGCAGCAUCCUUCAGUAGCUACCCUUGUACAGUCAUCUUGCUGCAGUCAUCCCCGUCAUCUCAUUGGCAAAAUCUGUUUAUCAGAGCAAACACAUGUAUAGUAUAUAAAUCUUUCGAGGUUGGCCAUCUUUGUAAUCCUCAUUGAUGUUCGUCUUAUGACAUUUAUGCUCUUGUUUGUACUUACUCCCUCGUGGUGGUAUAAUUUUAAAUGAGCCCUCUUUCGUGGUGCAUAGGACCCUGUACUAUCUUCAACUCCCUGAAUACCGCCACAAUGCACAGGGUAAGCCCCAGACGGAGUGCCUGCGACCGUUGCAGGAGCCACAAGCUUCGAUGCGUGAGGCUCGACCAAAACCCGAACGGAGCCUCUAUUGCAAGCAACCCAGAGUCUCUGAUGCCGUGCCAACGAUGUUUGAAGGCCGGCGCUGAGUGUGUUGCUACCGCACACUUGACCGCGAAAUCCACAGGAGACAACCACCCUGCACGCCAUGUUUCGACCUCCUCCAGCCACUCCGCCUCACCAUAUCAACAACGGUCACCUGCCGCCGACCGACAACUCAACGACUUCUCUAUCGAAAUGCCCCCACAAUCAGGCCCACAGGCGAAGAGGAAAAAUAGUGGCGACCCAAGACCUAGCAAAGACGCCUCACCUCCUUGGGCCCCCACCUCGCUCCUCUCGCCACCCGCUAGUGACAAGUCCCAGAGAUCAAGUCACGCUUCGUUUCUCGAUAUCGAAAAAGUAGGCUUAGAAAGCCGUGAAUUUGGCCCAAUGUCCAGCCUAUUGCCCAAUAAUGCGGGCACAUCCGCCCAUAUGCUACACUACGCGCCGCCGGCGGACCCAAUCGUAUCUUCGAACUACUUUGGCACGUCGACGAACAUGGUUGUAGAUCAGAAUUUGCGUGAGCAGCCAAUGGACUUAGCAGGGUCCAGCACAGAAGACUGCCUACACCGUCUCUCACAGCUCAGCUCAAAGCUUUUAGUAGACUUUGGUAAAAGCAACUCCUCUAACAACAUGGGGGAUAUGAUGAACUUCUUGUCACCUCCCAACAGCACGCCGACAUGGCACCAGGAUGGUACCAGCGGCAUGACGACCAAUUAUCUCAGCAACACAGUCAGCAAGCUUUUCGAAAGUUUACAAGUAUUCUUAGAGACCGUUGAGCACUUGCGUCCCAGCCCAGCAUCGUCUGCGGCCUCAGAAUGUUCAUAUUCGGACCACUGGGACGAACCGGAAUUUGUCAGCACAUCAGAUGAUAGCCAGAUUUUCCACAACGCCAUAACAGUGGAUCCCAUGCACGGCUCGUCAGAAACGCACACAAGCGCAGCAGACAGCGCAAGUGCCUUAGACAUGCCGGCCACCAUGACUAUACUUACGUGCUACACCUGGCUCUUGAAGGGAUAUGAGAUGGUUCUCUCAGGGAUUGAAGAGACGCUUGCAACGCAGGGACGCCUGCAUGGCUUGAAAACGCUGCCAUCUAUAUUUCCCGGACCGGGGCUCGGGACCUUCGCAUUGGAGAACAACCCAGACAUGCAAAUCGAGAUCGUGAUACACAUUGGGUCGCAGAUGCUGCACCGCAUAGAGGGCAUACUGGGAAUCCACGUAGUAUCAGAAGGCUGCAGCAUCUCGGGCGGGCUGGCGGAUAGGCGCGAGAUCCUCGACACAAGCUCGGCAGCAGCGCUGCUGAACAUCUGGUUUGCCAAAGGCAGCCAGGGCGAGAACAGCCCCGGCGACCCCUACGGAAGCAGAAGGAUGCAGAUUAACCAUACGAUAGACAGCAUACGAAGACAAUUGAGAGAGUACUGGAGAGGAAGGUAGCUUCCAUAUAGCAUGAUGACGACAGGGCUCCAUAGACGCACUUACUUAGUUCAAGCACACGGGGUCUAGGCAUGCAUGCAGCGGCUCGCGUUCGAGCGUGCGUGCGUGCGUGCAACCCGUUAGAUAGCACCUGUUUGUCACAAAUGAAGCCAUCUUUCAAAAAAAGAAAAGAAUGCAACCCUGUAUCGACGUAUCUGUGCCACAUUGAUCCAGCCUCACACGUGUAUUCUGCGCGCAUUGUUGCCGGGGAGUCGGACGUGGGGUUGGGAUUUGGACGGUUUUUCGACCAACGAUGGCAUCAUGUGAAGUCGUUAUUUCCAGCCGCUGUAGACCCCAUACUUAGUCACGUGAUGCACGAUUCGGCUCCGAGGGCUCUGCGAUCGUCCUUCAGCUCACGGCAUGCG